GCCCGUCUCUCCAGCAUGUCGCUGAAGGUCCAGACCAGUAACGUGACCAACAAGACGGAUCCAAAGUCGAUCAACUCCCGGGUGUUCAUCGGCAACCUGAACACGGCGGUGGUGAAGAAGUCGGACGUGGAGAGCAUCUUCUCCAAGUAUGGCCGGGUCUUGGGCUGCUCCGUGCACAAGGGCUACGCCUUCAUCCAGUACGCCAGCGAGAGGCACGCCAGGGGGGCCGUGAUCGGGGAGAACGGCCGGGUGUUGGCCGGACAGACGCUGGAUAUCAACAUGGCUGGAGAACCGAGACCAAACAGACCCAAAAUCCUGAAGCGAACAGCCGCUUCUCUCUACAGUGGCUACGAGUUUGACUACGACUACUACAGAGAAGACUUCUAUGACAGGUUGUUUGAGUACCAUGGCAGGGUGUCUCCGGUCCCUCGGGUGGUGCCCGUCAAACGCCCGCGGGUAGCAGUGCCUCUGGUACGACGAGUCAAAUCCUUGCCUGUCAAGCUGCUGGCGCGUAACGCCUCCGUCCUCCCCACCAGCAACGGCAACAAACAGAGAUCAGUGAAAGGUGCAGAGCUUCAGGCGAUCAAGUCAGAGUUGACUCAGAUUAAAGCCAACAUCGAAGAUUUGCUGGGCAGACUGGAGCAGAUCACAGAAGACACACACAUCACCUCCUCAGAGCUGAGGAAGGCAGUGGAGUGUAAGAGCGAGGAGGCGUGGCAGGAAAGGGAGGAGUCGAGCUCAGAGCUGGAGGACGAGGAGGAACACAGACAGAACAGCGAAGAAGAGGAUGAGGAGGAGGAGGAAGAGGAGGAGGAGGAAGGAGAGCACACGCAGGACGACACCCAUGACCACAUGCCGGAGAACAGUCGCGUAUCAUCAGAGAUGGACUCCAUUCACCCAUGAGAGAGAGUGUGGACUGUGGAGGAAGAGACGGACGGACAGACAAAAAGAGAGUGAGAGAGAGAGA